CUGUUAUUCGAGCCCUAGCAGGGGACGUGCGCAUUUCUCGGAACAAUUCCUCUCCACAACAUGGGCGUCGCGUCCUAUAUAAGUGCCGAAUAAUGUGCAGCCACCGCAGUAGCUGCUCAGGAGGCCAGAGGGACAGGGCCUCGGAUUCUGCAUUGAUUAUGGCGUUGUUUGUGCUCCUGGCGGCGAUGCUCGCAGGGGUCGCGGCCAGUCUGCCUUCCGGCCUCGACGAGAACGCGGACGUUUCGAUGCUGCAGAGAAGCUUGCUGUCGCCGCUCAGUUCGGAAUGUGUGAAUAAUUUGGCGGAACUGCUACUGCUGCGCCAGGAGGUGAAGUUGGCGGAGGCGGUGGAGGUGGGGCGCGAAAGCCUCUCGGGUUUAAACGACAUCGGCGCUUAUCUCCGCGAAAUACGAGAUGCAUUAACGCAGAGGGAGGCGCCGCAGGAGGAGGAACGCACACAAUGCACGGGCGGGUUUAGGCUCGUGGGUGGGAAGUGCAUGUUGCUUCUCCUCAACGAGCGAAAGACUUGGGGUGACUCGCGCAUCCACUGCCAGCAGAUCGGGGCUGACCUCGCCACAUUCCAGGACGCGGGGACUUUCGCUGCCAUCCUGGACUACGUCAAGGAAAUUAACGGGCCAGAUAAGGGCGCAAGUGUGUGGGUGGGCGGGUCAGACGGAGUGGUCGAAGACGUGUGGACGUGGUUAACGGGCGAGUACAUGCCACGCGGCUCGCCAUUUUGGGGAACCAGGAAUAACUACACGCCUGAGCCGAGUGGAGGAACUAAUGAAAACUGUUCGAUUCUCUACAAAACGGACUACUAUUACAUGCAUGACAUAAGUUGUACCUUUGCUGCUGCACCACUUUGUAUGAAACACAACUAAAGGUACCCAUAAGGGAGGCGAAAAUGGAAAAUGGAAAAUGGAAAAGUAUUGUGGCUAAAAGGGGAAAAUUAGGUUAACAAUUUGGAUAAGUGGACAGAAGAAGGGGAUGAAGAAAAGGAAAGGAAAGAGGAAGAAGAGAAGACCCUGCAAAAUUAGUAGUGGCGAGGGCUGUGGACCAAGGCAGGGGUGACCCCUUCACUGGGCCUCAGUCUCCGCCUCCUAACCCCCUCACCCCCCAAGGCAACAACGAGCAAGGGACCUGGGGGGGGGGGGGGGAUCUGAUACUGAUUUUAAAUAAAAGAAUAAAAAAUAAUCUUCAAAUGGAAAUAAUGUCUAUGUCCUGAUUGGCUAGUUCCGACUUCCGCUCGGAUGACGUCACUAAGCUCCACCCCUUUUUUGACAGCUGUAACUUAUGAAAAGGGAAGGCGGUCCGUUUAAGUGUGUUAACAUUCUAUGCAAUUUUACUAUAAUGGUAUCUUGUGCUUCACGUUUUUCUCUCAUACACCGUAAUAAUUCAGGUGAUAUAUGAUA